CACGGAAGUAAAAGAAAGUAAAAAAAAAGUCAUUCCUCCAGCUCUGAGACACUAUAAAACGGCACACUUUCCCUCUCACCGCCACCACUUUCCCGACACUGCGCUCUUGACCACUGCCACCUGUACGAGUGCAGAUAGAGUACCACCAUGUUGGCUUCGCUACUUGCGUUGACACUUCUGUUCGGCUGCGGCUUGCUUGUCCCUGUGACACCGGCGCCGCUGCGAGGACGCCGCGAGACCGGCGAGCCGCCUUCUGCGUCGACAUCUUCUGACAUCACCCCAAGCAUGGUAUGCGCGCUGACACUCAAUCGGACCUCCCGUUCUGACAACGAACUGAUACAAGAUGGCGUCCGACUGACCAACCGCCUACUCACCAACAUCGAGAACAGUCUACAAACGAUGCGAACCGAGCAUUUUCAUGACGAUAACUACAGAGUCGUGACGCAGACCGAGGGGACUGCCAGCCUCUGCCAGGGCGUAAGUGGCGUAACUUUUUUAUUGGCCUAA